UCCCAAUUAAGGUACUUUAUGCAGCAUCUGCAAUUCUGCUAAAGAAGGAUGCUAAAAUUCAUUACAUAGCAAACUACGUCCAUUAUUUCUGUAUUACUAUCUUCUCUCUCUCUCUCUCUCUCUCUCUCUCUCUCUCUCCCCCCCUCUAUAUAUAUAUAUAUAGCUUAGGCCUAGGCCCACCCCCUUAAAGGGAGAGUCAUGAGGGAUUCAAAACAGAGGAGUUUGAGUGUUCUAAUGCUUCCAUGGUAUGCUUAUGGUCAUAUAUUUCCCUUCCUUGAGCUAGCCAAGCAGCUCACUCGCAGAAACUUUCACAUCUAUUUUUGUUCAACCCCUGUGAACCUCAAUUCUAUAAAGUCUAAAGUAUGUAAAUUCUCCAAUUCCAUAAAAUUAGUGGAGUUAAAUCUCCCAACCCUUCCUGAUCUUCCUCCUCAAUACCACACAACCAAAGGGCUUCCACCACAUCUCAAUGCCACCCUUCAUAGAGCCUCUGACUUGUCUAAGCCUGACAUCUCAAAUAUGAUUGCAACCCUUGACCCAGAUUUGGUGAUUUUUGAUUACCAUGUAAGGCAUUGGGUACCAAGUUUAGCUUUUUCUUUCAAUGUUCCAGCUAUUCCCUUUGUACCAACUGGAGUUGGUGUUGUCUCUUUUGUACACCAUUAUACGAAGAUUAAAGAUCGUGAAUUCCCAUUCCCAGAACUUUGUCCUGAUAUUUUGAAACCAAAGUUAGUCCAGUUGGGUGUGACACCUGCAAGUAGUACUGAUCAGGAUAAGGAACGGGAACAGGAUCACGAAGAUGGAGACGAUGAAAGUGUCCAAUCAUCUGUUGAAACGUCUUCUUAUUAUAAUACCGCUUUGAUAAAGUCUUUUAGAGAGCUAGAGGGGAAAUAUAUUGAUUAUCUUUCUGACUCCUUUGGCUUGAAGAUUAUCCCAGUCGGUCCUCUCGUUUCAGAUCCUGCUGAUCAGGACGAGGAGGGCAUUUGUAUCAUCGAUUGGCUUGACAAGAGAGAAAAGUCUUCAACCGUGUUUGUAUCCUUUGGAAGUGAGUGUUAUCUUUCUAAAGAAGAUAUGGAAGAGAUGGCUUAUGGUCUAGAGCUUAGCAAUGUGAAUUUCUUAUGGAUUAUAAGGUUUCCAGAGGGAGAGAAGAUGGAGCUCAAAGAUGCUCUACCAGAAGGCUUUCUAGAAAGGGUGAAUGAAAACGGAAUGGUUGUUGAGAAUUGGGCUCCCCAAGUAAAGAUUCUGAACCAUUCAAGUAUUGGUGGGUUUGUGAGUCAUUGUGGAUGGAGUUCAAUCAUGGAGAGCUUGAGAUUUGGUGUCCCAAUUAUAGCCAUGCCUAUACAACAUGAUCAGCCAUGGAAUGCUAAAGUGGUUGUGUCUUCUGGAUUUGGUUUGGAGGUUGAGAGGGAAAACGGUAAGGGGCUCGAAAGGGAACAUGUUGCAAAAGUGAUCAAACAAGUGUUGGUGGAAAAAAUUGGGGAGAAUAUUAAGAGGAAAGCUACAAAAAUGAGUGAAAAUAUGAAAGGAAAAGUUGAGGAAGAGAUGAUGGAUGUGGUUGAAAAAGAGCUUUUACAAAUUUGUGGAAUGUAACCUCUAAAUGCUUAUUCAAGCAAUGCAAUAAACAUGCACAAUGCUUCUCUGUUUUGGGAGCUA